GCCGCGGCAGCACUGGCAACGCCAGCGGCGGGUGAGGGGCUCACGGCUCGCGGCGGCGGCGGCGGCGGCGGCGGCGUCGCGCGGGCGGCCUCGAGGAAGAAAGAAGCCUGAGACAGCAGCCUAUGAAGACUGUGAAGACAAUCCUGAAUAGCAAUUAUGAAUGGUGUUGCUGCUAGGCUUGUUCUGCAGAGCAUCUGAAAUGAACCUCUCUUAUUGAUUGUUUUUAUUGGCCCAGAGCCAGGAGUACUGGAUUCAGUUGACUUCAGGAUUAAAAAGAGAACAGUCCUGGUUAUCAUCAUAAACAUAUGAACCAGUGUGAUGGUGAAAUGAGAUGAGGCUCCGAAAUGGAACUGUAGCUACUGUUUUAGCAUUUAUCACUUCGUUCCUGACUUUAUCUUGGUAUACUACAUGGCAAAAUGGGAAAGAAAAACUGAUUGCUUAUCAACGAGAGUUUCUUGCCUUGAAAGAACGUCUUCGAAUAGCUGAACAUAGAAUCUCUCAGCGCUCUUCUGAAUUAAACGCCAUUGUACAACAGUUCAAGCGUGUAGGAGCAGAAGCAAAUGGAAGUAAGGAUGCAUUAAAUAAAUUUUCAGAUAAUACCCUAAAGCUAUUAAAGGAGUUAACAAGCAAAAAAUCUCUUCAAGUGCCAAGUAUUUAUUAUCAUUUGCCUCAUUUAUUGCAAAAUGAAAGAAGCCUUCAGCCUGCUCUGCAGAUUGGUAAUGGAAGAACAGGAGUGUCAAUAGUAAUGGGAAUUCCCACAGUGAAGAGAGAAGUUAAAUCUUACCUCAUAGAAACCCUUCAUUCCCUUAUUGAUAAUCUGUAUCCUGAAGAGAAGUUGGACUGUGUUAUAGUAGUCUUCAUAGGAGAGACAGAUAGUGAUUAUGUACACAGCGUUGUAGCCAACCUGGAGAAAGAAUUUUCUAAAGAAAUCAGUUCUGGUUUGGUGGAAAUAAUAUCCCCUCCUGAAAGCUAUUAUCCUGACCUGACAAACUUAAAGGAGACAUUUGGAGACUCCAAAGAAAGAGUAAGAUGGAGAACAAAGCAAAACCUAGAUUAUUGUUUUCUAAUGAUGUAUGCUCAGGAAAAGGGAAUAUAUUACAUUCAGCUUGAAGAUGAUAUUAUUGUCAAACAGAAUUACUUUAACACUAUAAAAAAUUUUGCACUUCAACUUUCUUCUGAGGAAUGGAUGAUACUAGAGUUCUCCCAGCUGGGCUUCAUUGGUAAAAUGUUUCAAGCGCCAGACCUCACUCUGAUUGUGGAAUUCAUAUUUAUGUUCUAUAAGGAGAAACCCAUCGACUGGCUCUUGGACCAUAUACUCUGGGUAAAAGUCUGCAACCCUGAAAAAGAUGCAAAACAUUGUGAUAGACAGAAAGCAAAUCUACGAAUUCGCUUCAGACCUUCCCUUUUCCAACAUGUUGGUCUGCAUUCUUCUCUAUCAGGAAAAAUUCAGAAACUCACGGAUAAAGAUUACAUGAAACCAUUACUUCUUAAAAUCCAUGUAAACCCACCUGCAGAGAUAUCUACUUCUUUGAAGGUCUACCAAGGACAUACACUGGAGAAAACUUACAUGGGGGAGGAUUUCUUCUGGGCUAUCACCCCAGCAGCCGGAGACUAUAUCUUGUUCAAAUUUGAUAAGCCAGUCAAUGUAGAAAGUUAUUUGUUCCACAGCGGCAACCAAGAACAUCCAGGAGAUAUUCUGCUAAACACAACUGUGGAAGUUUUGCCUUUUAAGAGUGAAGGUUUGGAAAUAAGCAAAGAAACCAAAGACAAACGAUUAGAAGAUGGUUAUUUCAGAAUAGGGAAAUUUGAGAAUGGUGUUGCCGAAGGAAUGGUGGAUCCCAGUCUAAACCCCAUUUCAGCCUUUCGACUUUCAGUUAUUCAGAAUUCUGCCGUUUGGGCCAUUCUUAAUGAGAUUCAUAUUAAAAAAGUCAGCAACUGAUCAUCUGCUAUGAAACCAGUACAUUUUUUUCCUGUGAAUUUGUUAAUUAAAGAUAGUUAAGCAUGUACUUUUUUUUUUUUUUACUUGAACACUACCUCUUGUGAAAUCUACUGUAGAUAAGAUGAUUGUCAUUUCCACUUGGAAAGUGAACCUCCCAUGGAUAAUUGCAUUCAUUCGAACCUAAGCUGUCCUCCAAUUUUAACUUGACUCAAACAUUUUACAGUUAUGACAGGCUGUUAAUAUGACUUGUACUAUUUUGGUAUUAUACAUAAGAGUUGUACAUAUUGUUACAUUCCUUAAAUUUGAGAAAAAUUAAUGUUAAAUACAUUUUAUGAAGGGGGUACUUUUGAAGUUCAUUUAUUUUACUAUUAUAGGCCCUCUUUUAUAGAUUAUCAGGGAUUAUAUAUAUAUAAAUAUAUAAAUAUACAUAAAAAUGUUAUGGAGUUAAUUUAUUAGAAACAUUUAAGAAGUACAUAUUUUUGUGCAGUAAAUUUUUGAAUCAAUACUUUUUUUGAAAAGUUACCUUGCUUUUUUAAGUUCUUUCUAUAUUUUUCUUUGGAAAUGCAAACAUUACAAAUUAAUGCCAUUUUUCAAAUGCACUGCCAUUUAAGAAUGAUUCUAGAUUGAUUUCCUAACUGAAGUACUUUUAUAAUUGCAGUGAUUCUGAACAAAAUAUUUUCAAAGGCAUUUGUCAUUCCUUAAAGCCAAGAUUUUAAAGUCCAGUGUCCUUCUUGAGGGUUAUUUUAUUAUGCUGUUUAUGGUGUAAAAAAUCAGUCUGAUAAAUUUUAAUGUGCAGGGGUCAUGCAUUCAACCCAAAUUAUCAUGGACUCAACUCAUUUCCUCUGAUGUGUAAAAUGACAAACUCUUUUUUCUUUUUAAAUCUGUGUCUUUGAUCCAUGAGUUAGAUGCAUUCUCUCUUGUUGAUCCUUUUAUAUCUGCACCCAUUUAAUGAGUUCUGACGUUUUCUAGGUAAUGUUACUGUAUGAGUCAAAGUCAUUGAAUUUAACAGAAAAAAUUGUAAUACUGGUUUUUAGGGAGAGGUACUGUAGCAGUUGUAUGUUUUUGCAAAAUGAUUUAUUCUGUUGGCAUUAUGAACUUACAGGUAAAUUCAUAUCUGAAGAGUACUUAUUGCUCUUAAUCAUGCAAUUCCAAAUGUUAUUACUACUGUAAACAAAAAUACUAUCAGCCUUAGCAAUCAGUGAUCUUUACAAAAGUAUUUUACUUUUAAGAAGUUCCGAAAUGAUCAGCAUCAGUUCCGGGAGGUUGCAGGUGGGUUCCAGAGAGAUGUGCAGAGAUUGAUCCCCUGAGCUCUCGGACUAUCCAGUGGCUGAGGCCUCGGGGGGCUGGAGGUGCCGGCUAGUUGCCCCUUACCUAGAGGAGGAGCUUCCCGCGGUUACCCAGGAUGCUGAACAAAGAGCUUCCAGUGAGCCUUGUUUUCUGUACAGUGUGAUGGAGUGAAAAAUGUUGGGAAACAUGGAUAGGGUACAGUUCUUUCCAUUACUCCUACUGGAAUCAUCAGUUACUUUCCUUGAUUAAAAAGUUACACAUUGCCAUGAAUAAUUUUUAUGUCCAAGUCAAGUGAAACAUUUUUACUGGGUUUUUUAGAUUUACUUUUCACUUUCUUUAAUUUACUUUUUAUUUUGUCCUCACAUUUCCCUGGCCUGAGCACACAGGCCCAUUUCAUUUGAAAAGAAUAACCUUUCAUUAUAAAACUUUGGCAGCUGUUGAACAUGCUAACUGCUCACCAGCCAAGUGUCAGGAGGGAAAGCUCUGGAGUGGGUUGAGAAGGCCUCUCAUUUCCCUUCCACAGUAGCCCACUCUGAUUUGGGGGAGAAGGACCAUGCGCUGAAGAUCAGGGAGGUGACCGUUACCUCCUCGCCUUUAGUGAGGGAUGCUCAGUCUUUAGACUUGUGAGCCAUACUAGCCAGCUUCUUCCUGUUCUCCUGCUCGGUCUCCCCUCCAGUUCCUGAGAAUACUUUGAACUUUGAGCCAAAUCUCACCCACCUUUCACAGACUCUCUCGUGCACUCCUCCCAUGAAGUGUUAACCAGUGCCUAGUCGUGCCAGGAAUAGUGCCUGGCAUGUGGCAGGUGCCCAGUCCGGGGCUGUACGAGGGGACCAACUGUCCAGCCCACACUCCUCUUUCUUUUUAACUCCCUACGUUCCUCGCCACACAUUUACGUACACGCUCAGCUGUCGAGUUUUUGGUUGUUCCUGGCGAGUGUGUGCGUAUGUGUGUGCGCACAUUCUCCCACCAACCAGGCUUCAGGCUCCUGGGGUAGGCCUGUAACUCAUCCUUCCUAUCUGUCUCCUGGGGCAGCAGGUGCUCCCCAAUCAUCUUGUUGGUCUCUCCCUGCCCCCACUUCCUCUCUAGACCAUUAGAAACAGCCAUGCUUUCCUCAAGCAAGACACUGUAGGGGUAGCCCUUGAGAGUAGUUGGGGGGUGAAGUCUGGGGACAGAAUGGUAGAGGAGGUGAAGAGUACCUGGGACUGAGGGAAGGAUAGACUUGGCCUCGAGAGACACUGAACCACUUUUACCAGAAUAGGGAGUGGGGACAGUGUCCAGUGGUGUCCAGUAUUUAAUUAGUAAUAUAUAGAGAUAAAUGAAACCUGGUUUGCAUCUGGUUAUGUAUUUCACAUAAACUGUCAACUCUAGAGCCAUGCUGUCCUGUACAGUAGCUAGUAGACACAUAGUGGCUGUUUAAGUUUAAAUUAAUAAAACCUUCACCUCCUUAGUCACACUAGCUACAGUUCAAGUGCUCAUCAGCCACAUGUGGCUCGUGGCCCCCAGACUGGAAGGCACAGAUAGAGAACCUUCUGUCAUUGCAGAAGGUUCUGUUGGGACAGCACUGUGUAAGGAGUGCUAAUGUGGACAAUGGCGAAAGCAGAGUAAUGAAUUCUGACAAGGAGGAUAAAAGCAGACAAGCAGAAUAUAUCACAGUGCAGAUGAUGAUUAUUGUAGGUGAGAAGGUUGAGGACUGUUUCUGGGAUUCUAAGACCCCAGAUUUCUGAGUUCUCUAAGUCUCAUGUGCUCUUUACACACGCACAGGGUCCUACCGUGUCGCCAAACAAGAACAGUGGUUUCAGGCAGUGAGAUUGAAAAGCUUUUGGAAAAAGUGCACGCGGAUGAUUUGGCACGCAGGCUGUAGACACGUGUGUGUAUAUUAAUUCAGCCACGGAGAGGUCUUUGGAAAAGGUACAGCUUUUCAGAUCAGCAGAAGGUGUCCUUAUUUCAAAACCUUCAGCAACGUUCUGAAGGCUUCUUUUCGAUGUUAUGGUCACCAAAAGGUGGUCUCCCAACAGUGCUGUCCUCAAAGGCAAGUUUGGUUAAUACGGAAACAGCACGUUUGGAGUGAUUGCUCUCAUCAAUGGCAUUGUCUAUUUGUAGUAGCCAGCAUUCUCCAGGUGACCUUCAGGUACCGUAGAUGAGAUCCUCCCCUUUUGCGUGUGGGCGGAAGCCAUGAAUCUCACCCAUAAUCAUGUUCAGCUAAUCUAACCCUGUGAGCCCUUUAAAAGCAGAGUUUUCUCAGGCUGGUAGCAUAAGUCAGAUUCAAAGCAGAAGGACUCGAGGCACCACUGCUGAUUUAAGAUGGAGGGGCCCCAGGAGAAGAAAUGCAGUUGCUUGUCAGGAGCUGAGAGAGGCCUCCGCCGACAGCCACAGGACCCAGACCUCCAGCCCUACAGCCACAGGAACUCGAUCAGUCAACAAACUGAGGGAGCUUGCAACUAGAGUCUUCUCCAGCAGAUGAGAGCCCAGCCCCGCCAACACCGUGACUCCAGCCUCGUGAGAUCCUAUGCAGAGGACUCGAACCAAGCCCGCCCUGACUUCUGGCCUGCAGAACUGUGAGAUAAUAAAUAGGUAUUGUUUUAAGCCUCUGAA